GGACGCUUCAAAAUUUCGGACUUUUUUAUUUUCGGACGCUUUUUUUUGUCCGAAAUUAUAAUCGUCCGAAAGUUUUUGCAGGUAAUGUAAAUGGAAACGACUAUUUUCACUUUUAACGAUAGAACUUCUCGCUGUCCAUGGAGCGAGUGUUAAAUUUCACCAAUUUUUUUAUGAAUUUCUUCUUCUUUUUGCAGGUCACAUGUGUAAUCGACCUCUUGGCAUGAUGACGGGAGGCAUUAAAAAUUCAGCCAUCACAGCGUCGUCCAUGUGGGACAAAUUCCACGGUCCUCAUUUAGCCAGGCUUAAUGCACGACGCAUGGGCAGAUACCAGAGCGCUUGGUCAGCCAGGUACAACAAUCGUCACCAAUUUCUGCAGCUGGAUCUUGGCCGAAUAUCUAAGAUCAUACGUGUUGCUACACAAGGUAGAGCCAUGGCAAGUCAGUGGGUGACGGUGUACUAUCUCUCAUUCAGUGUGGAUGGAGUGCACUUUGCUAGGUACAGGAAGAACUCCCGAGAUAAGUAUUUCCGUGGCAACCGUGACAGAAACACUAUAGUGUACAACUCAAUCAUCCCGUCUAUUCGUGCUCGCUUCCUCCGAUUCCAUCCGUGGGGCUGGAGAAGUCACAUCUCUAUGCGCGUGGAGGUGUUUGGCUGUGCUCUAGGUGCAUGUGGGGCUCCACUGGGUCUCGAAGAUGGUCGUAUUUCAAAGAAUGCCAUGACAGCUUCUUCCAUGUGGGAUAGGCGACAUGGUCCGUACAGAGCCCGAUUAAAUAUUCUCAACCGCGGAGGCACUGGUGCUUGGUCGUCACGAUAUAACAACGUGUUCCAGUGGCUGCAGAUAUAUCUUGGUUACGUCACAAAGGUUGUUGCUUGUGCAACGCAAGGACGAUACGACGCCAACCAAUGGGUGAAGAAAUACGAGAUUAGCUACGGCUUGUUUGGCAAUAAGAUUAAGUUUUACAGCAUCAACAGAAAAGUUCAGAUGUUCCCUGGUAACAGUGACAGGAACACUGUUGUGUAUAACCGCCUGUACCCCGGUUUCAAAGCGCGUUAUGUUCGUAUAUAUCCCAAACAGUGGCAUGGCCAUAUCUCUAUGCGAGUGGAACUUUAUGGCUGCAAUAAGGCCAUGUUCCGUAUGUGUUUCCAACCUCUUGGAAUGCAAAAUGGCCGUAUUCCAAAUCAUGCUAUCAGAGCUUCCUCGUCAUGGGAUGGGAACCAUAAUCCAUCUCGGGCUCGGCUUAACCAGAGACGUGUCCACCGUCUCGUUGGCGCGUGGUGUGCAAGACGUAAUGACCGAAACCAGUGGCUGCGGAUCGACCUCAGGAGACCCACCAGGAUAACAAAAGUCACCACUCAGGGGAGGGAUGAUGCAACCCAGUUUGUCAGGACCUACUAUUUGUACUACAGUCAGAAUGGAAGGACUUUCUUACCCAUCAAGGAAGGAGGGAAGAUUAAGCUGUUCCGAGGCAACUUUGACCGAUAUUCCUUGGUAGAACAGCCAAUCGACCCGCCUGUUAACGGACACUAUGUACAAUUUAACCCCAGAUCUUGGCAUGGUCACAUAUCUAUGAGGGUCGAGGUGUACGGUUGUCGUGCAGAUUAUCCUGUCAUUUCCCGACCUGUCGUGCGCCCUGUCAUUAAACCUGGCCGUGGCUGUUCUAAGGUUGCCCUUCGCUGCUACUUCAACAUCCGCGGACGAAGAAACAGCCGAUUCAUUGCACGUGUGCAAUGGAUUGUGAACAAGCGAGUGACCAAAACAGAAACCGUGCGAGGAACUCAUGCUGAGCUCUUGGAAAACACUUAUGGCUUCAAGGCUGGAACAACGGUUGCAUGCAAAGUAAGGGCACGAUACUCCAGUGGUAAGGAUUGGACAAUGACCACGAGAAGUAAAGACUUCUUUGCAGGCAUCAAGGUUCAUCCAAAGGCUUUUUCAAUGACAGACAGCUCCGGCUGGAAACUGAUCAAACUACGCACCUCUAUUCCAAUCAGAUGCCGCGGUCGAAGGAGAUGUUUUGUAGGCCUAAAGCUUGAGUCACACUCCCGUUUUGUAACAGACAGGUGCCGGAUGAUGCUGACUGAAAGAAACAGGAAGAAUUACGGAUUUUACGUGAAGCCUGUGCGUGAUUUCAGAAAGCUGAAAAGGCAGAAUAUCCGUAUUCACUUCAGCCCUAUAAGAUCCACGCCUGGGCUCUGUGGAUUUUGGAAAGGAUACAGACUUCCCCCUAUCAAGGUCAUAACAUCCAACCGAGGCUUCAAGAAAUGUCAGGGAACUGGAGACCCACAUUAUCGAACAUUUGAUAACAAGUAUUACGACAUUUUGAGGAACGCUGGAACUUACGUUAUGGUGAAGAGUCUGAGAAGGAACUUCGAGGUACAUGCGCGUAUCUGGCCGUGCUGGCGAGUGGUGUGUAACUGCGGUGUGGCUAUCCGUGAGAACAAUGACGUGGUGACUAUUGACAUGUGUAACGGAGCUUGGCGCAGGACCAGUCCACGUGUUGUACAGAAGUCACCACGACCUCUCGGCAACCGAAUGAGAAUCCGAAGAUAUGGAUCUGGUCAAAGCACGCGUUUUAAGGUCAUGAUGAGGUCAGGAGCUGUGGUCGAAGCUCACUGUGCAUACUGGGGAAUGAGUUUGUACGUCACAGUCCCUGGUGCAGACACCUCAGCUACUGUGGGACUCUGCGGGAACAACAACGGGAAUCCACGUGACGAUCUGGAGGGAAAAGGCAUUUACACGUUUGCCAGGAAGUACAUGUAAGUAACAGGAGGAUAGCCUUGUCGACAAGGAAAACUGCUGCUUGGAUAAACAACAACAACAACAACAACAACAACAAUCCUACUUAGAUUUACUUUAGGACCAAACGAGUCUUUGCUUUACUUACUUUUUAGUUACAAAAGCUGCUAGAUCAAACUGGAAGAUAGCUCGGGUCCACAAGGAAAACUGCAACUAAGAUUUACUUUAGAAGCAAAGAAGUCAUUGCCUAACUUAUUGGUUAUAAAGGCUGCUAGAUCAA